AUGGCUAUGUCCUCCUCAAGUACGACGGGUCGGUCACCCUCGGCCUCGGCCAAAGUCGACAAGAACAAAAAGCAAAGCAAGAUAGUAACACUCAAGGUAUCUCCGAAAAUCCUGCGUGGCUUCGAGGAGCCUUCAGCCAAAUCAGAAGAGCAGUCUACAGCCUCAGCAGCGUCGUCUCCUCCCGCUGCAGCCGAGGAAACAUCGACUCUGAAAGUCCCUGAAGUCAAUGACAAUGCAUCCGAGGCCGCCUCAACCCCGGCCCCGACGCCCGCCGAUGCUGCCGAUGCGUCCAAUGGCGAUGGCUCGAAGAAGCGCAAAGGAGGCUCACUCGCAGGCACCAAGCGAAAUCUUGGACAAAUGUCCGAAGUGAACGGACUACCAAAACCUCGAGGCAAACCUGGUCCGAAAAAGAAACCCAGACUUGAUGACGGUACCAUCGAUCAUGGCGGCCUCAAGGGUUCGACCCCCGCCGGACUUAAUAUUGGACACAAAUUAGGCCCCAAGGCCAAUCAAGGUGCCAUCAAUGCGGGCCUUCGUGCUCUCGAUCGUUCUGGGAAACCCUGCCGCAAAUGGAGCAAAAAGCCUUUCACUCUUAAGAGUUUCACCGGCGUGGUCUGGGAACUCGCUUCAUGGCGAGGUACAGAGAGACCGCAGACGCUCAACGGCGAAGAGUCCAGCGAGAACAACCAAAUCUCACAACAAAGUUCCAGCGACAUCAAACCUAACGAAAGUGAUGUCGCCAUGGAUAGCAAUGCUGGCGAUCAAGCAGAUACCAUGCUCAUGUCGACGCCCGCCGCCAGUUCUCCGGCGCCAAUGCCACCUCCAUCGGCAGCCAUUGCUGCUCAAGGUUGA